AUGGAGCUCACUAUCACAACACAACUCACACCCACCAUUUCUCUGCCCACUACGUCCCCUUCAACACCAACCCUUCCUCUACUGUCGCCGUCGACUCCGAGUCCUACUCCCUCGAUGAGAUCAUCUACCGAUCCAACUCCAGCGGCCUCCUCGACUUCUAGCAAGACAUGGCUGCCCUCAAGAACUACGAUGGCAAAAAUUGGCGCGACCUCUUCGACUCCUGCGUCGGCAAGACCACCUGGCCCUAAGGCUCCGGCGUCUGGAGCAAGGAGUAGGUCUUACCCGAGAUCGAUAGCGACGAUAUUGUCUCCGCCUUCGAAGGUAACUCCAAAGAAAAUCCAAGGCGACCAGCAAGCAAACUGGCUCCAACCCAACAAAGAACACAAAGCAAAGCAACCAAAGAUCCAGCUUUCUUAUCCAAGCAGACAUAAAACAAGGCAUAGAUCAUAG